AUGCCUGGUGGCACGAACCCCCCAUUGAGCGUUAUAGCUUCGUGGCCGCCUCCGAACUAUGACAAUCCAGAAGGAAGAGGAAGAGUGACGUCCAAUAUCGCAUUCGUCCUAACGCCAAUUACCUUCUUUACCGUUUUCUCAAGACUGUGGGUUCGAUUCUAUAUGCAACGGAAUGCUGGUUGGGAUGACUGGUUCAUGGUUAUUUCUCUUCCACUCGUCAUGACUUUGGCUAUUCUUAUCCCGUGGAGUAAGAUUUCGCCCUAUGUUCUGCAUAUAUGGGAUGUCGACCUCACCUUGUUUGAGACCCAAAGAAAGCUCAUCUUGGCCAUAGAGGUCCUCUUUGUCCUCGGCACAGGCCUUGUCAAAGUUUCCAUCCUACUCUUCUUCCGUCGCCUAGGAUCGCGCGGCACGUCCAAAACCUUUAGAAUCACCACCUGGGUCGCAAUUGGGUUCCAAGUCACGACCACAAUUGCUUUCUUCAUAAGUCCGCUUGUUGGAUGCAGGCCUAUCUCUGCAUACUGGGAGCAGUCGAACGUCAUCAACAUAGCGCUAGGAAAAAAAUUCAACUGCAAUGAGGAGGGCGCUUACAUGACAGCUGCUGGCGUCAUUUCCACGAUGCAAGACGUAAUCUGUGCUCUACUGCCCAACUUUAUCUACUGGAAGGCUAAAAUCCCAUUUCGACAAAAAGCAGCCUUGAUGGCAAUAUUUGCCACUGCUUAUGGAGUAGCAGUGUUUGGGGCUUUACGAACCUAUUCAACUUGGGUUCUUUUCUAUGAGACGUACGAUAUUUCCUGGCAAAUCUGGGAAAUUUGGAACUGGACCCUCCUGGAACUUCAUAUUGGUGUAAUUUGCGCAAAUACGCCUGCUCUCAAGGUCUUCGUGAAGCGGUACCUCAACGUCAAAUCUUUAGUGUCCAAGAGCCAUGGUUCUUCACAAGCGAAAUCAUCGCAAGCAAAAUCGUCGCAAGCAAAGUCAUCGCAAGCAAAGUCAUCGCAGACGGCGAGGCAAGCGAAUAGCACACCCUCAGGAAAAUCCAGAGCAAAGCUAGCUUUGUGGAAAAAUUCCUUCGCGAAUCACGGAUACUAUUCACAACCAACACAACUAUCCGUUAAUGACCAAGGCGGUGUGCAGAUUCGCGAAGAAUCGAAUCAGGAUAUCUCGAAUAAUUCCAAAACAUCCAGGGAUUCAAAUUCAAAUCACGAACACUAUACAAAUGAUGAUGUUGAGAUGGGAAUACUCAAAAAUGCCGCAUCCUACCCGAGUCAGCCUCCAGAGGCGCAUAGAGGUAGUCGCGGCUUGGUGUCUUUAUAUAUGUACGAUAGUGAGUUAGAGGACGAAAACAUGAGUCAAGGAUUUCGACACAUGCGAAUUGAAGUAUAA